AAUAAUGGAGUCCAAAAAUGAACAAGUGGCAAAAAAUGUCAACAUGGAAAAUAGCAACCAGGAAAAUAAAAAGAAGGAUCCAAAGGAGCGGGAUGCUAAUAAAGGAGAACAUUUGGAAGUUGGUGAAUAUCAUGUGCCCAGAGGAAUUCCUAGGCAGCUACUUGUUAGGCAGCCCCUCUUGCAGGAUAGAAGGGACAUGAUUAUGAGGCUUGGAGGGCCACAGGGAAGGAUGAGAGAAGACAAUAUGGAAAGGAUUGGAAAUGAAAUGAGAGAGAUCAUGCAAAAACUGAGGGAAAGGCAAUUGACUCAUAGUUUGCGGGCAGUUAGCACUGACCCUCCUCACCUUGACCAUCACGAUGAAUUUUGCCUUAUGCCUUGAAUCCUGAUGUUUUCUCUGAAAUUGAUAGGGAUAUAUCUGAUUUAUAAACUUACAUGUUUGUGAUGCAGUUUUAUUGUAAACCUUUUGAUGUCACUCAUUUCUGGUGGGUCCUUUAUUGCCAGUUUCUAGUUGAAUGCUGUUUUUGACCCCCAUCUGUAAGAUUUUACUAGCAGGGAAAUUUUACCUAUUGCAUGGGGAAACCCUCACUAUAUAUUGUGAAAUUAAUAAAGCAGUUUAAGAAAGCAAUCUGUAUUCAUUU